GAGAAGCUUAGAGGGAUCUUAGUCAUGUCAAGAAGGCAAGUAGGUUCCACGAGGCGUGGAGGGGAUAGUGGAAGCUUUCCAUUUGUAGGAGCUUUGCACUCUAAAUCACGUUCCUCUCCUCUGCUUUCUAUUUGCCUUGUUCUCGUGGGAGCAUGCCUUCUCAUUGGUUAUGCUUUCAGCGGUCCAGGUUUGUUUAAAAGUAUCAGAGAAGUCAGCAAGAUCACAGGUGACUAUUCAUGCACAUCAGAAGUUCAAAGAGCCAUUCCUAUUCUCAAAAACGCUUACGGAGAUAGCAUGCGGAAAGUCUUGCACGUGGGUCCUGAAACAUGCUCAGUGGUCUCUACUCUGUUGAAGGAAGAAGAGACUGAAGCAUGGGGUGUUGAACCAUAUGAUGUAGAGGAUGCAGACUCCAACUGCAAAAGUCUUUUGCGUAAAGGCCUUGUACGUGUGGCUGACAUCAAGUUCCCUCUUCCUUACCGGUCAAAGUCAUUUUCUCUUGUGAUCGUCUCAGAUGCUCUGGAUUACCUCUCACCCAAGUAUCUGAACAAAACCGUUCCUGAACUUGCACGGGUUGCUUCGGAUGGUGUCGUUCUCUUCGCAGGUAAUCCUGGUAAGCCAAAGGGGAAAGUUACAGACUUGUCGAAAGUCGGACGACCGGCUAAAAUGCGUAGCUCGUCGUGGUGGAACCGUUUUUUCUCACAGACGAAUUUAGAGGAAAACGAAGCAGGAAGCAAGAAAUUCGAAAAGGCAGCUUCCAAGGUUUCAUACAAACCAGCUUGUCAAGUCUUCCACCUCAAGCCAUUACAUUAGAUAACAUUAUUAGUAUUAUUACUACUGGUCUUCAAACCAAAUACAUCUCCAUCUCUUUGUUAUAUGCCUUAUUUGCUCUAUAGAAAGAAACAGAAGUUCAAAAAAAAAAAAUGUAUUCCAUUCUCAACGUUUUGAUUCAUAAUUUAACUAUUUAAUAAAUUUAGCCUGCA